AACCAUUGACGCAGCAACAAUGAUACUACGUCGUUUCAUCUGCUACAACGCUUCUUCAACUGUUUCAUCUAUAGCUCCGUCUCCGAAGAAGAAGCCUCUCAUCUUCUUAGGCUCUCCUCAGGUCUCCGUGACUGUGCUUGAAGCUCUUUUCAAUGCAUCUGCUUCACCAAACUCUUCCUUCGAGGUUGCAGGCAUUGUUACACAGCCUCCAUCAAGGAGAGAUAGAGGCAGAAAAGUUUUGCCUUCUCCGGUAGCGCAGUACGCUCUGGAUAAAGGCUUACCUUCUGAUCUCAUUUUCUCCCCUGAGAAGGCAGGAGAUGAAGCGUUCUUAUCGGCUUUACGAGAGUUGCAACCUGAGCUUUGUAUUACAGCAGCUUAUGGGAAUAUAUUGCCUACUAAGUUCCUUAAAAUUCCAUUACAUGGGACAGUGAACAUACACCCAAGUUUGUUGCCCCUGUACCGUGGUGCAGCUCCAGUUCAAAGAGCAUUACAGGAUGGUGUCCCGGAAACAGGAGUAUCAUUAGCAUUUACGGUGCGAAAGUUAGAUGCAGGGCCAGUGAUUGCCUCUAAGAGGUUCCAAGUGGAUGAUCUAAUAAAGGCACCAGAACUGCUCUCGUUCCUAUUUUCUGAAGGUUCAAAGCUUCUUAUCCGUGAACUUCCGUCAAUAUUUGAUGGGUCUGCAAAAUCAAAAGCAGCUCCCCAAGAUGAUUCUAAAGCUACCUUAGCUCCAAAGAUAGCUCCAGAUGAGGCUUGGCUCUCUUUUGACAAGGAAGCUUUUGUUCUACAUAACAAGGUUCGUGCAUUUGCAGGAUGGCCGGGAACAAGAGCUAAAGUUGUAGUCCUCGAUGACAAAAGCGGUCAGCAAAAUGUGCUAGAGCUUAAAAUCAUGUCCACUCGAGUAUGCAAAGAUCUGGAAAUCCAGGAUGGUGGACAAGAUUAUGUAACUUUCAAGAAAGGUUCAUUGGUGUUUCCCUGUGGAGGAGGUACUGCUUUAGAGGUACUAGAAGUCCAGCUUCCUGGUAAAAAAGCUAUCAACGCGGCCGCCUUUUGGAAUGGCUUGAGAGCUGCUACUGUAACCUCUACUUCGUCUUCUUCUCUAGCUGCAAACUCCUAUGGCUUGCGAUCUCUUCUCAAGGGUCAAAAUGCUUCAAUGUUUAGAAAGAUGUCAACUGUAGUGUCGAUUAGCUCAGAGAGUAAAGAGGGUUUGAAGCAUCUUGUGACUGGAGGACCUCAAGCUCGUAAAUGGGUUGGGAUAUGGCUUUUUGGUUCUGCUACUUGGGUUUUCAGCAUGGUUGUUCUAGGCGGAGUAACUCGAUUAACUCGAUCUGGUUUAUCGAUGACUGAUUGGAAAUUUACUGGUGAAUUCCCUCCGCUGUCAGAUGAAGCAUGGGUUUGCGAGUUUGAGAAAUAUAUGCAGUCUCCUGAAUAUAAGCGUGUGAACAAAGGGAUGAAUCUUGAAGAUUUUAAGUUUAUAUAUUGGAUGGAGUAUGCUCAUCGAAUGUGGGGAAGAGGAUUGGGAAUCAUGUUUGCUUUGCCGUUUUCCUAUUUUCUGCGGAAAGGGUAUAUUACUCUACGUCUUGGAGUUCAGCUCUCUGGUUUAUUUGCGCUUGGUGCUGGACAAGGUCUCAUUGGUUGGUGGAUGGUUAAAAGUGGUUUAGAGGAGCCGCCAUCUGAAUAUUCUCAACCGAGGGUAAGCCCGUACCGUCUUGCAGCUCAUCUGACCUCAGCUUUUGCCAUUUAUUGUGGACUUUUCUGGACCGCUCUCUCUGUUGUUAUGCCUGAACCACCAGCUGAGUCAUUGGCUUGGGUUCGGGGAGCCGCUAAAGUGAAGAAGCUUGCAUUACCAGUAAGCUUGAUUGUUGGUAUCACUGCAAUUUCAGGAGCCUUUGUUGCUGGAAAUGAUGCUGGUCGUGCAUUCAACACAUUCCCGAAAAUGGGCGAUACAUGGAUCCCAGAUAAUAUAUUUGAGAUGAAACCACUUUUACGCAACUUUUUCGAGAACACAGCAACUGUUCAGCUUGAUCAUCGCCUUCUUGCAACCACAACCCUAAUCGCAAUUGGAACAAUGUGGUGGUUCACAAGGAAGCUAGACAUACAUCCAGCCGUUAAAGCUUUGAUCGGAAGUACCGUCGGAAUGACUGCUGUUCAGGUGACAUUAGGUGUAUCAACGCUUCUGAGUUAUGUUCCGGUCUCACUAGGAAGCGCACACCAAGCAGGAGCUUUAACACUUCUCACUUUGAUGCUACUUCUCAAUCACACUCUUCGGAGGCCAUCACCUUCUCUUCUCAACUGUAGCAGUGGUCGGGCCGCUUUUUGGUCUGAUGAGUUUCAGCACUGUGGCGACGGUGACUCUGUUUCUGAUCGCUUCUCCAUUGCUGCUGAUAUUUGCUUCAGUUUUAUGGUGAUGGUAGCUGUUCUUGUGGCAGCAAUGGUUGGUAUUGGGGUAGCUGCAGCCAUGUGGAUGAUGGGAAUAGCUGCUUUGGUAUGUUGUGGCCGAGAGAUUGGUAUUGAAACCGGAGUGGCUGGGAGGAUGGUUGAGUCGGUGGUGAGAGAGUUAGGUUACGGUCGGAGUCGUUACUUGCGAGACAAAUCAGAGGAUGAUAUCAGGGAUGUUUCUUCUAUGGCUGCGUCUCCGAAGAAGAAGUCUCUCAUCUUCUUAGGCUCUCCUCAGGUUUCCGUGAUUGUACUUGAAGCUCUUUUCAAUGCAUCUGCUGCACCAAACUCUUCCUGGUUCACUAAUGUUUCCCUGCAUACAGCUUUAGAGGUACUAGAAGUCCGGCCUUCUGGUAAGAAAGCGAUCAAGGCAGCCGCAUUUUGGAAUGGCUUGAGAGGUCAAAAGCUGAAGAAGCUAUGAAGACAGAGACUGAAACAGAGAUAAGCUUUGGUCAGGAAGUUAAAAGCAUGCAAAUUAGUCAAAUCUGAUGUAGCCACUUCUAAAUUUGGUUUCAAAUCUAUUUUGUUAUGACUAAUAUCCUCACAUUCU